AUGUCGUCGUUUUACGUCCCUCCCAACCAGCAGCGUAACCUGCGUGCAUGCAUGGUCUGUGCGAUUGUCCAGACACAAAAUAAAUUCAACCGUGACGGAUGCCCCAACUGCGAAACCAUCAUUGGGCUCCGUGGAAAUCUCGACACAAUUGGAGAAUGUACCUCUCAGGUAUUCGAGGGGCUGAUCGUGCUACAUGAUCCUGCUUCAAGCUGGGUUGCGCGCUGGCAACGGCUGGAAAACUACAUCCCAGGAACAUAUGCGACCAAGGUUACAGGAUCGCUGUCCGAUGAGGUUAUCGGUCUCUUGGAGGAUUCUGGAGUCAAAUAUGUCCCACGUGAUGGAAGCUCCGGUGAAGACGAGUAG